CAUUAAUAUUAAUUACCAAGUUUCACAAUAUGAGCACGACUGAGAAAUCAAACUCGAUUAAUCUGGGCACUCCUGAGGAAGAAGAACACACCAUUGGCAUCACUAUUGCUGCAUUCUCUGUGAUCAGUGUCACUAUUGGGGCAGGCAUGGUCUCUGUGCCUAAAGCUGCAUUCGAUUCAGGAAUUAUUUGGUCGCUUUUUUACAAUGUGUUUAACCUUGCAGCUUGAGUAUACUCCAUUCAUCUCUUUCUAAGGUGAGCUUUUGUGUCAGGAAAGUUCUCUAUGACCGAGCAAGGGUACAUAUGUUUCGGAAGAUUCUCCCUCUACCUGAUCAACUUUCUACAGAUCAUUGCCUUUGUGUUAACUCCUGUAGCAUAUUUCAUAAUCUUUGCCAAUCUGCUCAGAUCUUUCUUUAACGAAAUCAAAUGGGUCCAUGACCACUCUCAAAAUGUAAUCGGAUCUCAAUGGUUGAGUGUGCUUCUCCUUGCAGUUGUAUUACUACCAAUGAUUAUCAAGAAGAAAAUUGAAGAGCUAAAAAUCGCUGGUGUGAUCUUGUUCAUUGGAGUUUCUAUGUUCAUUGUUCUCCUGUUCCUAUUAAAAGUCAUUGAUGGAAGUGAACUUGAGCAUGUAGAUACCUCGUUUGAUACUUUAUGGCUGACUACAUUUGAUAUGCAUUUUGUAUCUUCCCUCUCAACUGCAUUUGUGGCUUAUGGGUUCCAGUCGGCCUUCUUCCCAAUAUUCAAUAGUUUGAAGAAAGAUCCAAGAGAUUCAGUGAUGUAUAUGAAAGGCAUGAAAUUCACCUUCUUUGGAAUGGGGUUUUGAUUCUUCAUCUACACAGCAGUGACCUUCGUGUCCCUCUACUCCUUUGGAAACGGGAUUCAAGGUGACGUACUCGGGAACGUAGAAGGUGUCAGGACGUGGGAAUCUUACACACUUAGAGCAAUCUUUCUCGUAGUUUUAGCAACUCAUACCCCCUUCGUGCUUUUCAUCGGGAAAGAAUCAGUGCUGGCUAUUGUGACUCUUCUGUUUAUUAGAGGUAAGCGGGAGGAAGAGUUAAGAAAAAGUAUUGUUAUUGAAAACGAUCCACCCAGAAAAAGCACUACAGGGCUACAUGAGACAGAAAAGCUUCUCUCUGAUGAUGUCUCCAUGGAUAAAGCAGGAAAAUCAUUCCACAAGGAUGAUGAGCCCGAAGACCCAGUCGAUAAGGCAGUGAUGUGCGGUGAUGCCAAUAAGAUGAGUUUUAGUGUCAAAGGAAUCGGAGCAAGUGGAAGUAGGAAGAGCUUUGUUAUCAAAGAUCAUGAUCUCGAGAAAGAAGUCAGCUGAGCAGCAGAUCUCCUUCCAAACUGGCUAUACUAUCUCAUCACCUUGCUGACAUACGGAGCUGUUGUAACUGCUGCAUGUACAAUUAAGGAUGUAGAAAUUGUUAUCAAAUUUGUAGGCUCUCUUGCAAACGCUAUACUAAACUUCACAUUGCCUGGCCUGUUCUAUUUCAUAAUAAUGAGGAAGUAUAAGGCAGGUAAAGCAUGGUGGAAGCUUGGUUUCUCUCUAGCCAUUGCUAUCUACGGUACCGCAAUGGGGCUGUUCCUGACAGGCGUCAAUAUCUACACUACAAUUAAGCCUAUUGACUCUGAUGAGUAGUAAUUUUAUUCUAAACCCAUAUUCAGUGCA